AUAGGAAUAUCCUUCGGUGCAUGGUUCAUCCGGGUGUUCUCAACGAGUCUUAGCCUACCCAAAAAUAUCUGUGGCGAUUUUGAUUGUCAUUUUCCCGUGCUUCUAGUCUUCUUCGCCGAUUGCGCUAUCGUUGCAAAACAAAACUCUCAGACCCCCAAAUAAUCUUUCUGGCAAAAAAUCUGCAAUUUCAAAUCUCUAAUUUUGGCGCCUUUGCAAGAUCAGCAUUUCGAACUGUAACUAAGGAACGAUGCAAUCAUCGCUUUCUUCUGCUCAUAGAACACCAAUUGCGCAGAGUUUUCCAAGCAGCAGCAAACACUUCGUAUCAGUUGCUAAUCCCACCAACCAUUUUCUCUCUCUUCCCAACAAACAGUUGAAAACCCCACCGUCAUUCAAAUUAAGAUGCCAAUUUGAUGAUUUUCCGACUCCAUUGAGAAACCCCAUUUCAUUUCCGACAAUCCAAAAACAUUUUAUUUUCCUUAAACCAAAAAACGAGACAAAUCACUGCACUCGGCUUCUCUGUAGCAAUUCGUCGAGCAGCUUGAGUGCAGGGAGCAAGUCACCGGUCAGGGCGUUCGUUGAAGCUGUCAGCGACGCGCUGUCGACGGCAUUUCCGGUAUGGGUUGCUCUAGGAUGCUUAAUGGGGCUUCUGAAGCCGAGUGCUUUCAGUUGGGUCAGUCCACAGAUGUCUAUAUGGGGCUUGACUAUCACUAUGUUGGGUAUGGGCAUGACAAUUACUUUGGAUGAUUUGAGUGGGGCAUUUGCGUUGCCUAAAGAAGUUAUUGCCGGAUUUUUUCUUCAGUACUCGGUGAUGCCAUUGUCUGGGUUCUUUAUCAGCAAACUUUUAGGGUUACCAUCCCAUUUUGCAGCUGGCUUAAUAUUGGUUGGCUGUUGUCCGGGUGGGACAGCAAGUAAUAUUGUCACUUAUAUUGCCCGCGGAAAUGUUGCUCUUUCAGUAUUGAUGACCGCAGCAAGCACAUUUUCAGCCGUGGUCAUGACUCCAUAUCUCACUGCCAAACUUGCUGGCCAGUAUGUUGCAGUUGAUGCUGCUGGACUUCUGAUGUCAACAAUGCAGGUUGUAUUGCUUCCUGUGUUAGCUGGUGCGUUUCUAAAUCAAUAUUUCCAGAGCCUGGUUAAAUUUGUUUCUCCUGUGAUGCCACCCGUUGCUGUGGCAACUGUGGCUGUUCUAUGUGGACAUGCAAUUGCUCAGAAUUCUUCAGCAAUCCUGACGUCUGGUGUGCAAGUUGUGCUCGCUUGUUGCCUACUUCAUUCAUCUGGAUUUUUCUUUGGUUACGUGCUUGCAAGGUUGCUUGGAAUUGAUAUAUCUUCUGCUAGGACCAUAUCAAUAGAGGUCGGCAUGCAGAAUUCGGUUCUUGGACUAGUUCUUGCAAACCAGCAUUUUGGGAAUCCGUUGACUGCAGUUCCUUGCGCUGUCUCUAGUGUUUGUCACUCAAUCAUCGGCAGUGCUUUGGCGGGCAUCUGGAGAUACUCCACUCCUAAGGAGAUGCAAUCGUGACGUUCUGGUCCACAUCGCGGCUGCGUGUAUUUAUCUUAUCUAUGUUCUCUUCAUACUCUCCAAUUUUGAAGUGUAUGUGUGAAAAGUUCUAACAAUGUCAGUGAAGUAGGAUCAUUUCUUAUAUGUUGAAAUAAGCACAAAAUAGUGAACAGUAAAUCCAAGUAAUUCAUCCUCAAUGUUUUUCAUUGUCCAUUUCCGGUGGAGCCAAAGAUU